AUGGCAUUUUCUGAUCAUUUCUAUUUCCUUGUGUCUUUGGUCGUAGCAUUGUUACUCUCAAGCACCCAUGUGAGCUUAGCAGCGCGCCACCUGUUAGACACACCGGCACCGGCUGCUCCACCUCCGGCAUUGGCACUGCCUACAAUCCCAUCUUUGCCCAAGGUCACGUUGCCUCCACUGCCGUCUGUGCCAACACUGCCUACCGCUACUUUGCCACCCCUGCCUAGCAUGCCAUUGCCUACACUGCCGACUCAACCAACUCUGCCAAAGCUCACAUUGCCACCAUUGCCUGCCAACCCAUUGCCUACACUACCAACUCAACCAACUCUUCCGACAUUCACACUACCUCCGCUGCCAAAUAUUCCAAUGCCCACCAUCCCAACCACAAUCCCUUCAAUCCCCACCAUUCCAGCAAUAAUCCCAACAAUUCCUUUCCUCUCCCCACCCCCUUCAAAUUAA